AUGGACAAGUCACUUUCAUAUCGUGUUGACCCAACCGAAGACGUCAACGAUGAUGGCGUCGUGCUGGGCGAGAAGACCGGAACCGUGGCAGACCGGAAUGCCAUGGCGCGGUUGGGCAAAGAACAGCUCUUCAAGCGCAACUUUGGCUUCGUCUCCAUCUUCGGCUUUGCCCUCAUCAUCAUGGGCACUUGGGAGGCAGUCCUGGCAACCGUAGCUUUUGGAUUGGGCAAUGGCGGGCCUGGAGGACUCAUCUGGACCUUCAUCGCCACAUAUAUUGGCUUCAUACUCAUCAGUCUUUCAAUGGCCGAGAUGGCUUCCAUGGCUCCCACGUCAGGCGGCCAGUACCACUGGGUUUCUGAGUUCGCUCCUCCCAACGUCCAGAAGUUGCUGUCCUACUUCAUCGGUUGGUUCGGUAUUCUCGGCUACCAGAUCGGAACAACCAUUGGGGCGUUCGUUGCUGGGACCAUGAUUCAGGGCGUCAUUAUACUAAACAACCCCGACAUAUACCACUUCGAGCGAUGGCAUGGAACCCUGAUCGCAAUGGCCAUCACCCUCUGCGUGGCGCUGUUCAACAUCUUCCUGGCGAACCAUCUGCCACUAGUCGAGGGAAUUAUCCUAGUCCUUCACAUCGCUGGGUUCGUGGCGAUUUUAAUCCCUCUCUGGGUCAUGGCUCCCCGAACUCCCAGCUCUCAAGUGUGGACAUCGUUCACCGAUGGCAAUGGCUGGGGCAGCAUCGGAGUGGCAUGUCUCAUCGGGAUAAUCACCAAUGUGGGCUCCAUGGUCGGAGGCGACGCCGCCGCGCACAUGGCGGAAGAGCUAAAGAGCGCGUCGAAAAUCCUCCCGAGGGCCAUGAUCUGGACCAUUGCCGUGAAUGGCAUCCUCGGGUUCGUCAUGCUUGUCACCUUCCUCUACACACUCGGCGACCUAGAGCAAGACCUAGCCACUCCAACAGGCUACCCCGUGAUCCAAGUCUUCGCCACCGCCACGGAAUCCAACGGGGGCGCCGCCGGCCUGACGUCCAUCCUGAUCGUGCUCAACGUCUGCGCCAACCUGACCACGAUGGCUGGCUCGUCACGGCAACUCUUUUCCUUUGCGCGCGACAAGGGCGUGCCCUUCCACCGCUGGGUCUCCCGCGUGCCGCCGGGCUACGACGUGCCCGUCAACGCCAUCAUCGUCUCGGCCCUCUGCUCCUGCAUCUUCCACUGCAUCAACAUCGGCUCCUCCAUUGCGUUCAACAUCAUCAUGUCUAUCGGCACCGUCGCCCUGCUGACGAGCUACAUGGUCUCUAUAGGGAGUAUCACGUGGCGACGCAUCCGCGGCCUGCCGCUCCUCCCGUCCAAGUUCUCGCUAGGAAGGUUCGGCCUGGGCGUCAAUUUGGCGGCGCUGGCCUUCUGCGCCAUCGUCUACGUCUUUGCCUUCUUCCCGCCCAUGCCGAAUCCGCCCGCCGUGGCUAUGAACUGGGCGUGUGCCGUCUAUGGAGGCGUCGUGCUCGCGGCGUUUGCGUACUAUGUGGUGCGCGCGCGGCACGUGUAUGUCGGUCCUGUGGCCUAUGUCGACAAGAGCAUAUAA